UCCAAAAUGGCGGAAAUCUGAUAAAACGAAAAGAAUUCAGAAAAGCUGCGAUUCACGGCAAAAUUAUUUCCAGCGGCAAUUUUUAUUCAUUAACUCGUCGAGAAGUAAAAAAAAAAACUAUUUUUAUUAGCUCAGAUUUAUAUCCUGCAAUUAUCUAUAUCCUGCAUAUAGAGUAGGCAAUACUAUGAAUCAAGGACUACCAAGAAAGUAGAUGUGAAUAUGCAAAGUUGUGUAUUGCAAAAAAGGGAAGGAAUUUGUUGCAAGUGUAACAUCUAAAAGAAGCUGCAUUUGGCUAACUUCGCCUAUUAAUGAAACGUUUAUUGGGCGAAAAGUUUGAAAUUUCUCGUCGGAUUAUGAAUCAAGCUUCCAACGCAUCUGGUACAACACAUACCACCAUCACUUUGUUGGAUACCAGUAGUGCCUCUUUUUCCAUGGGAGGCGGGAGUUCGAUACAUAGCAACGGAGAAAUCAGUAUUGGCGACCAUGCGGAUGUGUCCAAUUCAACAACGUCUUCUCAGUCAACAGCUUCCUCUGCGAGGGCGUCGGGUCAAGCCACAAAUAAGAUCUUUAACUACAAAGACCAAAAGGAUAUUGAAUACGCUAAUUCACUAACUUGUGAGGACAUUUGCUUUUCAAUGUGCCGCCAGCUUAAAAUAUUACCGACAACUCGCUUAUUAUUUGGACUACGGGUACUGGAUUCGGAAAAUGAGUGGGCGAUUCCCGGCCUUAGUUUGAGGCCAGGUGUACGUUAUUGCUUUCGAAUGCGGAUCAAAGUUCCGAAUAUGGAUACCCAAUUAAAAAACCUGGAUAAGGAGGCUUAUGAGUAUUUGUAUUGGCAAAUUCGUUAUGAUAUAGUAAACGAAAAAAUUCCUGAAAUACGCCAUCCAGAAAAAAAGGAUAAUGUGAUGGGCUUUGCUGUUAUGGAUAUGUCCAUCGAUUUGGAAGCUAAAAGUUCAGCAUCUGAGCGAUUAGAGAAAAAUUAUAAGCGGGAAAUAAUUGAGAAAAUUGAAAGUAAUUAUAAGCGUUAUCUGCCCCAAACACUAUUAAAGGAGCACAAAUAUUUUGUAAAAUCUAAAAUCUGUGCGACAUUUAAAAAUGUACGGGAAAAGAAAAUUGGCUUCACAGAAUUCAAAUUCUACUAUAUAUCUGAGGUGUGUAAGCUUGCUCCCACCUAUUUAAUGGAAAUGUAUGUUGCUACUGUUAAUUAUAUCCCGAAUGAUGAUCUAUUAAUGGUGCGGACACCGACAUCUGGUAGAGGAGAUAGUGGAACAAGAGUUUUUGUUAAGUUAGACACUCAUGACCAUCCGGAGCCGGGUUUGAAAAUUUCACGGGAAAAAGUGAAGUGGACCUUAUUGACAAAGAUCGAGGAUAUAUUUGCAAUAUGUAUCGGAGGGGACGUGUGUGCAUUAUUGGAGAUCACAGGACUACCCCAGGGCUAUCGCAUGCAAUUUGGCUCAAGGACUGAAUUAGAGUCCUUCAUCACAUAUAUAUCGGGCUAUUCAAGACUAACUGCGAAAUGGAUGACUGAUUUGUGUGCGAACUUCCAAACUCCCUCCUUACAAAAACUGAAGGACCUCAAAUGCCAUGGACCAAUUGGUGGUGCGUUUUCCUUCGCCAAAUUACGAGAACUAUCUCUAAAUGGUGCCACCUGCCUAAUCCGUCAAUGCGAAAAAGAAUACGAUGUAUAUUAUAUUGACAAAGCGAAGACUAAACUAGAAAAAAGUUUGGCGGUGGAUGUACUCACUACUAAAAUAACCAGAGAAAAUAACAAAUGGCUUCUACACUCAAACGAUGGCGUAAAAGCAUUUGAUGAUUUAAAGGAUUUAAGGAACUCUAUUUCAACAAAAAUUCUAUGGCCAUCAGAAUACGAAAAGGCACCACUUCUGCUAAUUUGUUUGCCAAAAAAUUUACAACCAAAGAAGACUGACACGGAAUUAAGUGAUGCUGAACUCCGAAAAAGAAAAGUCCAAAUAUUUGAUCGGAAACAAGAUCUGCGAUGGUAUCAGAAUACAGAACGUAUGUGCGAUAACGGUAAAAUAAUGUUAGUUCGUGGAGACUGGAUCCAAGGAGGCGUCUGCAAAGACGUUAGUGUUAUGCUAAAGAUAUUUUUAUCAGAAAGUAACCCCAAGGAGUUCACGGACUUGGCCAGCUUUUGUAGUCAAAUUUUUUCAGCGCAAUUUUUAAAACUACAUGGUUUGACCUUAAAUACUCCUUAUACAAUGGUAAUGGAGUAUUAUCAUGCGCCACUCGACGAAUUUCUUCGAAAGAACAAAGACGAAAUAUCCCUCCAAAUGCUAAUAUCUAUUGUAUAUGAUUUGGCGAGAGGUAUCGAAUAUCUGAGAGUGAAACAUAUGCAUCAUGGAUUUAUUCGCUGUUCUAAUUUGUACGUGACAAAAUACGACCUGAAAUCCAAUUGCAUCGAGACGAAAAUUGGCGAUCCCGGAAUUCGUCGUGCUUAUUCCCACGAAGAUUUACCUUGGAUACCUCAGGAAUAUUAUAAUAAUCCCGAUGGUGUUCGCGGGGACGAGUGUGCAGAUGAGUGGGCCUUCGCAACAACUAUUUGGGAGAUAUUUGCGUAUGGUAAGAGCAUAUUGGAAGAGCUCGAAUGCAUUGGAAAACCCGCCAAAAUUGUUGAAAAGCUACUAAUGAAUCGGUCUCGAACCGGUGGCAUACUACUCAAACCAAGCGAAUGUUGUCCAGAAGAGAUCUCUAAUAUGAUGUUCGACGGCUGGAGUUUGGACGCUUCCAAUCGGUUUCAAACAGGAAAUAUCUUCGGUACGCUAAACACUCUCAUAGGAAGGUACAGGCCUAGUUAUGAACGUAUUUUCACCAACGAACGCGAAGACCAUCUUCCAUACGAAGAUAGUGAUAGUGAUAAUGAUAUAGACAAUGAAAAUAGUGGGAAUUGCGAUGCUUUCUCAAGUCAGUCGAUUACACCGUUUAUUUCCCCCAAUCAAGGAUUUUCACAUACUGGAAUGCCUGGUCGCCCUUGGGAUGAUACACAAUGGGUUUUAACAUUGCCAAUUGGAAAAGUUAUUAUUAUUAAACAAGUAGCCCAGGGUCAUUAUGGCACUGUGCAUUGGGGCGAAUUACGUUACAACGAUCCAAAUACAGCGCCAGAAGAAGUGGCAGUGAAGAAAUUUAAACCUGAAGCUACAUCGAAUCCAAAAGAUUUCUUACGGGAAAUAAAAAUAAUGCAGUCCAUGAAUCAUCCGAACGUUGUUAAAAUUAAAUAUUCAGUCCGAAAGCCCAUUUCUAUCGUAAUGGAAUACGUGUCUGGAGGCUCCUUUCUUGUACUGUUAAAAACCUCCAAUUUGACCAAUAAUAAGCUGUUACAUUUCGCCAGUGACAUUGCUAGGGGCAUGGAAUACUUAGUGAGUAAACAAAUUAUACACAGAGAUCUGGCAACACGAAACAUUUUGUGGGAUAAGGAGAAAGAUUAUGUUAAAAUAUCCGAUUUUGGACUAUCACAGUUUGCAAAUGCAGAUGGUUACUAUUGGGGAUUUAGCCAACGUGAUAUUCCCAUAAAAUGGUAUUCGCCAGAGUCCAUAGCAUACAAUAAAUUCUCCAUGAAAUCAGACGUGUGGUCUUAUGGUGUGACUAUGUUUGAAACGUUUUCGGGCGGAGAUAUGCCAAAUCUGGUUCCCAAUCGGGAGCUUAGUCAAGACGAGUUUCUACAACGACUUCAACUGGGUGAAAGGCUCAGAAAACCAGAUUUGUGUCCACAAAUUGUAUACGACAAACUUAUGCUGCCAUGCUGGCAAGCUGAUCCAAAGGCGCGGCCUACUUUUACGGCGUUGCUUGACUCUAUUCGGUCAAUUAUGUUCGAAGGGGCAGCCAUUUAACGUGCAAAAUUAAAAAAAAAAAAUUAUUACGAAAAUCUCACGGACCAUAUGAAAUUUACAAAUGCAAGUAAUUUACUUUGUCUAUUAAAUAUGGUACUUGCUCCUCGGCCCAGCCAAUUUAUGUACAUACAUACAUAUUAAUUAAUUUACUUAUAAGUUUUUAAGUCAAAACUGAAAAGGAAAUUAGGUGUUACUUUGGUAUAUAUACAUAUUAUAUGUAGGUAGUUAAGAUUUGCAUUUUUAGAAAAGUGUAAGUAAGUGCAUUCAUAUAUGAGACCAUGAGAGCAGAAGUGGCCUAACCCAAACAUUUUUUUUUUUGAAUGCUCCCCUACUUAAAAUAGUCUCAAACCAGAUAAAUUUUAAAAUUUAAGUCGCCUAUUCUUUUAUUUUAAGGCAAAGAGCUUCAUCAAAUAAAAGAAUAAGCGACCUUUACUUUAAAAUUUAUCACAUUUGAAACUAUUUAAAGAAGUUACGUUACCUACAAGAAAAAAAAUUCCAGGUUAGGCCACUUUUGCUCUCGUUGCCUCAAUAUGUGUGUAUACGUAUGUACAAUGUUGUGUCUUAGUUUCUUUAGAAUUCAUAUGGUUAUAUUUACGUUACAAUUAUACCAGAACUUUGUUUUAGAGUAAAGUAUAUUUUAAGAACGCCAUAUCUAAGCUUUUGUGAAUUUUUCCUUCGAUUAAAAUUAAAAUGUUUGGAAUAAAACCUUCACGAGUAUAAAUACAA